AUGUUCGGCGAGCGGAACAAUAUUUCGGCUCAACGUGAAGAUGUGGCCUCAGUUCCCGAGUAUAUCGAGGAACAAAAAGAUCGAAUUGUUGCAUUGGGAGAAGUUGGUUUAGACUAUACACCUAGAAAUGUACAUAGUCGAUCUGCAGGGCGGCCAACGAUUGAAGUGCUACGUCAGAAUGGUGCUACACAUGUUUUGUUGCAUGCCUUCAGCGGUAACGUGAAAAAUGCUAGGCCGGCAAUCGAAGCUGGUUAUUAUUUCUCCAUACCUCCAUCAUUUACACUGUCAAAAGAGGUUAGUUUCAUUUUCUCAGCUUAUCUGUGCACGUACUUUUUACGAAUAAUAGCUUAUCGUUUAGACGAUUAG